AUGUCUACCGUGAAGAGCAAGGUACCUACCUCCAAAACACACAAGUGCAAGGAGAACGAGAAGUGUGAAGACCGCCCCACCGGCCCCGUGUGUGUGCCACGUACCUGCGCCGACAUCAAGUGCGCCGCCGGCGAGCUCUGCAAUGAUCUGCCCGAUGGCCCCGACUGCGUGCCAGAUGUGCCGUCGUGCAAGGACUUCUUCUGUCGCCGCGGCACCAACUGCUACAUCCGUGAUGGCUCCCCCGUCUGCCUGCCCAACACGUGCGAGGUGCGCGUGUGCGCGCGGGGCCUGAGCUGCAUCGACACACCGAGUGGCGCCCUUUGCCGCAAGGGCCAGUCAAAACUUGGCUGCGAACGCAGAUACUGUCCGGCCAACACCAAGUGUGUCGACACGGAGCCUAUGGGCCCCCACUGCGCCAAGAUCUAAGUCGCCACCGCAACCACCAUCCGCCGUGGGCCGCGCUCGCCGCUGCGCCAUUUUUGCCGCGUGUUUGGGUGGCUGUCACGCCUGCCAGCCGCAAACGUGCAGAAAUACAGAUCACGCCACUUC